AUGCAUCAGCAAGGUCACUCCAUCACCGACGGCAAGCCCCUUGUCGCUCCCCUCGACAUCUGGCACGCCGACGCCGAGCACGACGCAAACGCCGAGCUCCUGCGCAACUUUGAGAUCAAGCGCAACGUCUUUGCGACGCUCGCCCGCUCGCCGGGCCUCUUCGUGCCCGUGAUGGAGCUCCUCAAGGCGCUCCUCAAUGGCGCCACGCGCAAGAUCCAGAUCCUUGACUACCAGCUCAUCGUGCUGCGCAUGGCGAGCACCGUCGGCGCCGAGUACGUGUUCGGCAUCAACGAGCCCGUGUCGCGCGUCAACGGCAUGGGCGAGGAGCGCAUCGCGGCGCUGCGCGAGGGCUUGCCGGCCAAGGAGCUCUUCGCCAUGGGCGUGUGGUCGGAGCGCCAGCAGUGCCUCAUCACGCUCCUCGACGAGUCGCUCGCGACGUGGGGAAAUACUCCCGAGACGAUUGCGUGGGCGCGCCGCGUCAUGUCCGAGGAUGAGAUUGUCGAGGUGUUUAUCGUGCUGGGAUUCUUUUCGAUGGUCGCACGCAUGACGAUUGGGCUGCGCGUGCAGGAGGACCCUCCGAUCCCGGACCUGGAGAAGCACAUUGCCAUGCGCAUCACCAAGAACAUGGGCGACGUCAAAGAGGGCGCCAAGGAAGAGGCCGUCAAGCCUUGA